AUGGCCCCAGAAGCUGCUGACAACGACACCGAUCGCCUGAGCUGGUGGGCUGAGUAUCUGAAAGACCAGACAAUCUCGCCCUUGACCCGAGACUAUCCUGAAGCAAGCUCGGAGAAUGUGGCCAAGAGACCUAUCGAGGCUGUUGAGUCUCUGGCUGCUCCUAGCACCACCUCGGAUGCCCUGAAGAGGUUGUCAGACCUGGGCUCAAUCACCGCUGUUCUGCACACCGUUCUCCUUGUCCUGGUGGCCAGAUUGACGGGAGAUGAAGACAUCAGCAUCGGCGUCAAUGCCCAGCAAGAUGGUCCGGCAUUCGUCCUAAGGGCGUCAGUUUCCACCUCAGAGCCCUUCUCCCAGUUGUUCAAGAGGGUCCAAGAGCUGUCCUCCCAGGCGUCAGCCAACGCUCUGUCGCUUGAGACCAUCCAGGGCCAUCUGAACCAGCCCGCCCUCUUCCGGUUUGCUGCUUUCAACGACGGUGGCCUGGAGAAGGCCAGCCUUCCAGGGAGUGUGGAGACCACUGACCUACAACUGACCUACUCUUACUCGGCAGCAUCCGAUCUUCGACUGACCGCGCGCUAUAACCAACGUCUGUUUUCGAGCGCAAGGAUAGCAGGGAUCUUGGCUCAAAUCACCCGAUUUCUGGAGAGCCUAGCAGUUGACGUCAAUGCUGAGGUUGGACGCAUUGUUUUCAUGACUUCCGAGGAGGAAAAGCUACUUCCGGAUCCGACCAACGACCUGGAAUGGUCGUCGUUUCGAGGCGCUAUUCAUGACAUUUUUUCAGCCAAUGCCGAAUCUCAUCCUGAACGGACUUGCGUGGUAGAAACCAAGUCGGAGGACGGCCCUGAGCGCAAGUUUACAUAUCAACAAAUCCAUGAGUCCUCCAACAUCCUCGCCCAUCACCUGGUCCAAUCUGGACUCGAGAGAGGAGACGUCGUGAUGAUUUACUCUUACCGAGGCGUCGAUCUCGUGGUUGCGGUCAUGGGCACGCUCAAGGCGGGUGGGACGUUUUCGGUCCUGGACCCAGCAUACCCUCCAGACCGACAAAACAUCUACCUCGACGUGUCCAGGCCGCGAGCGUUGGUGGUCAUCGAAAAGGCCACGCAAGAUGCCGGAGAGCUGUCCGACAAAGUUCGAGGCUUCAUCAAGGAGAAUCUGGAUCUGAAGACCGAAGUCCCUGCCCUGCGGCUCCGAGACGACGGCAGUCUGCAAGGAGGCGAAAUCGGCGGCAAGGAUGUCUUUGAACCUGUUCGGAGUCUUAAAGCCAAGAGUCCUGGUGUCGUGGUUGGGCCCGAUUCAACGCCGACACUGUCUUUUACUUCCGGGUCGGAGGGAAAGCCUAAAGGGGUCCGAGGGCGACACUUCUCCCUGGCCUUUUACUUUGACUGGAUGGCGAAGACCUUCAAUCUCUCGGCGAAGGACAAAUUCACCAUGCUCAGUGGCAUUGCUCAUGAUCCAAUUCAGAGAGAUAUGUUCACCCCGCUGUUUUUAGGCGCACAGCUGCUGGUACCGUCCAAGAACGACAUCCAGAACGAACGCCUGGCCGAAUGGAUGAAACAGCAUGGCGCAACAGUCACGCACCUGACUCCUGCCAUGGGUCAGAUCCUUGUGGGAGGCGCAGUGGCGCGAUUCGAGCAACUGCAUCAUGCUUUCUUUGUCGGAGAUAUCUUGAUCAAGAGAGACUGCAAAUCUCUACAGAACUUGGCCCCCAAUGUGCGCAUCAUCAAUAUGUACGGGACGACCGAAACGCAAAGAGCUGUGAGUUACUAUGAGAUACCCAGUCGAAAUGAACGAGACGGUUUCUUGGACGGCAUGAAGGAUGUCGUGCCCGCGGGCCGCGGCAUGUACAACGUGCAGAUGCUGGUGGUGAAUCGGCACGACCGGACCAAGCUGUGCGCAGUAGGGGAAAUCGGUGAAAUUUACGUGCGAGCAUCAGGUCUUGCUGAGGGUUAUCUGGGAACGCCGGAACUGACGAAGCAGAAAUUCGUUGAGAACUGGUUUCCCGGACACGAAAAUGGGGUAGCUAUCGACCGGGCCAGGUUCGAAGCGAAGUACAAGAACGAGCCUUGGGCGCAGUAUUACCUUGGACCCAGGGACCGCCUGUACCGCAGCGGUGAUCUCGGGCGGUAUACUCCGACCGGGGAUGUCGAGUGCUCUGGCCGAGCGGACGACCAAGUCAAGAUCAGGGGAUUCCGGAUCGAGCUGGGGGAGAUCGACACCCAUUUGUCGCAGCAUCCUCUGGUGCGCGAGAACGUCACGCUCGUGCGGCGAGACAAGUUCGAGGAGCAGACGCUGGUCAGUUACAUCGUGCCCCAGAUUAAGGCCUGGACGCAGUUCCUGGCUGAGAAGGGCCUGCAAGAUGAGCAGGACGACGGAUCGCUCGGGGGCAGGUUCGAGCGGUUCCGGCUGCUCCAGCAAGAGGUCCAAGAGUAUCUUCGCACCAAGCUGCCCGCGUAUGCGGUCCCGGCCAUCAUCGUGCCGAUGCGGGCGAUGCCGUUGAAUCCAAACGGCAAAAUCGACAAACCUAAACUGCCUUUCCCGGAUACAACACUGCUGUCUGCCAGCCGACGACGCAAAUCAUCAACGGCACACCAACUCACCGAGACCGAACUGGCUCUGGCUCAUAUUUGGGCCAAGCUCGUCCCAGGGCUGCCCCCACGAACCAUCAAACCAACGGAAUCAUUCUUCAACAUCGGCGGUGAAAGUAUGAAGGCACAACAACUCGCGUACCACGUCCGGAGAACCUUGGGGGCAGAUCUCCCCAUCAGCAAGAUAUACAACCGACCUACGUUGAAAGAGAUGGCCGCCGUCAUCGACCAAAUGCUGGCGGCCAACUCAUUGGAAGGCGGCGAGGAGAACGAGAAGGCCGAUGGUGUUUCCGACGAGGCCAAGGCUGAAGGCGAGUAUGGCGCCGAUGCGGUGCGAAUGGUCGAACAGCUGCCUGCAUCUUUUGCUGCGCCAUCAGCCCGCGUCUCCUCUCCCGUGGUCUUCUUGACAGGUGCUACAGGAUUUUUGGGAUCCUACAUCUUAAAGGACCUGCUGGACCGCCAAGGACCGCAAGUGCAGAAAGUGAUCGUGCUGGUGCGAGCCAAGGACGAGGAGACGGCCAUGUCGCGAGUCAAGGUGACCUGCCAGGCGUACGGGGUGUGGACGGAUUCCUGGGAGGGGCGCAUCCAAUGCGUGGCGGGCAGUUUGGGACCGGCCAAGUUCGGACUGUCGGAGCAGAGGUGGCAGCAACUGGUGGAGGAGGUGGACGUGGUGAUCCACAACGGGGCGCAGGUGCACUGGAUCAACACGUACGAGAUGCUCAAGGCGGCCAACGUGCUGGGGACGGUGGAGGCGAUGAAGAUCUGUGCCGAGGGCAAGGCCAAGCUGUUUGCGUUUGUCUCGUCGACCAGCGUGCUCGACCACGACCAUUACGUGUUCGAGUCGGAGCGCAGCAUUGCCGCCGGCGGCGAAGGCAUCAGCGAAGCCGACGACCUGAUGGCCAGCAGCAAGGGGCUCGGCACGGGCUACGGCCAGAGCAAAUGGGUGGCCGAGUACCUGAGCCGCGAAGCCGGGCGGCGCGGCCUGCGAGGCUGUAUCGUGCGGCCGGGCUACGUGCUGGGCUCGUCGCAGACGGGGGUCACCAACACGGACGACUUCCUCAUCCGCAUGCUCAAGGGCUGCAUCCAGCUCGGGACGCGGCCCAACAUCAACAACACGGUCAACAUGGUGCCCGUCGACCACGUCGCCCGCACCGUCGUCGCCGCCGCAUUCCACCCGCCCUCGGCGCAGGGGGUCAGCGUCGCCCACGUCACGGGACACCCGCGCCUCCGCUUCAACCAGUACCUCGCCGCCCUCCAGACGUAUGGCUACACGGCCACGCUGGUCGACUAUGUGCCCUGGGCGUCGUCGCUGGAGCACUACGUCAGCUCGCGCCAGGACUUUGCCCUCAUGCCGCUGUUCACUUUUGUCGCCAACGACCUGCCUUCCAACACCCGCGCGCCCGAGCUCGACGACCGCAAUGCCGAGAAGGCGCUGUACGAGGACAGCGAGUGGACCAAGGUCGAUGCCAGCGAGGGGAGCGGCGUCACCAAGAACACCAUCGGCCUCUACCUGGCCUAUCUGGUGGAGAUCGGCUUUCUGCCUGCGCCCCCGUCUGAUGCCGCCUCUCGAGAUGGCGCGGUGAAGCGUUUGCCUCGCGUCACUGUUGGCCCGGAUCAGCGCAAGGCUUUGGCCAGUGUCGGUGGGCGAGGUGGGCUGAGUUGA